UGCUGUCAAGCAGGAACAGUCAGAAAAGAAGAAUGCAGCCCUUGGGGAAACAGUCCACGAGAUGGAAGAGCUCUCAGGCAAACUCAAGCAGAAGCUCAAAGAGGAAGAUGAUGCACUUUCCAAAGCAGACAAGGCAAAUCGAGAAAAGAGCUACGAGAUCACAAGCCUGAAGAAUCAGGUCGCCAAGUUUGAGGAACAGAUUCUCUCCCUAACCCAGCAAGUGGAGGAACGGGAGGUGGAGCUCAGCAAAGCCAAGGAGACCAACACGCACUUGGCCUCAGAGCGCGACGAUGCCGUGGAAGCCAUCGCAGAGAAGGACACCCUCAUCAACACCCUCAAGAGACAGCUAGAACAGGAAAAGAGUCGCAGCAGCUCCUUACAGUACUCUGUGGAUGACCUACAGAAGAAACUGACCCAAUCCUUUGGUGACUUGACUGAAUGCCAAGAUAAAGUUGCAGAGAUUGAGUCCUCCCUGAAAGCUCAGGAGGCCAAGGAAGUGAAGGCGCAGAAGGAGGUGGCGGCAGUGAGGAAGGAGAAGAUGGCGGUGGCAAAGCCGGAAAUGGUCCCUGGGGCCAUGAACCUGCCGGGAAUACAUAACAAAGAUCCUUACCUCGGCCCUGGCCAGCUUGGGUAUGUCCAACGGGGGGUGGUGCAGACCCGUGAUAAGGGGAUGGAUGGUAUCACCUUCCACCGGACUNAGAGACCGAGAGACAAACACACACAAUCUACAUGGAUGUCUGUUGGUGCUGGCUGGAGCAUAAAACAAGGAUGCCUCAAGCCUAGUCACUUCUUGCACCUGCCUGAUUUCCUUAGCAAUAUUGUUCAUAUUUUGCGCGUCCUACUGUCUGUUAGAACUUCCCUCGGGCACAAACUCUUGCACAAUUACAUACUUAUACCCAACAGCUUCUUGGACCCACUCAGAAUUCUCAGGAAAUCUUCUAAACUAACCUGGACCGUUUUUGACUUUUUUAUUUAUCUCCGACAUCGCAGCCGCUUUUUUCCUCUUCAGCCAGGACAGGAGCUGAUCAUUGCCUAA